AUGGGUCCACAUCGUCGUCUUUAUCAAUAUCUCUGCCGUUUCGGCGAUCGCCACGUCUAUCCACGUCUUCCAGAAAUCGCAAAACCUGCCUGGAAUCACCCGGCUGGUUUCAAAACUGUCUUUUUCUGGGCACCAACUUUCAAGUGGAUUCUGGUUUUUGUUGGAUUUUCCGAAGCGGUUAGACCAGCUGAAAAAUUAUCGCUGAAUCAGGUUUGAUUUUUCAUUUUGAAAUAGAGAGAAUGUGAAAUUUUUAGAACCUGGCAUUUGCUGUAACUGGAGUGCUCUGGACAAGAUUGACAUUCCAAAUUCAACCAUUCAGUUGGUAUAUGGUUUCUUUGAAUGUGUUUGUGGCUUUGAUGGGAGCACUUCAAUGCUCGAGAAUUGGAUAUUAUCGAUUGAAAAAUCCAGAUUGGAAAACUAGAGAAAUUAUGAAUGUAAACUAA